UGAUGAAGACUACGAGAAGCCCUUCUUCAGGAACCACUCCCAUGUUGGGGAGAAGGAGCCAUUUCUUCUCUCACCUGUGGGGAAAUCACCUGUUGUACAGAUUCCUGCCACCAUCAACCGCUACCUGCGUGACUACCAGAGGGAGGGAGUGCAGUUCCUGUAUCGGCAGUUCGAGAGAGGGAUGGGAGCGAUCCUGGGGGAUGACAUGGGGCUGGGAAAAACUGUGCAGGUCAUCUCCUUCCUGUCUGCUGUUCUGGGGAGAACUGGGACGAGGGAAGACAUCAUCAACUUCAAGAAGAAGCAGAUACCACCUGACAAAGAUCAGCAUGUAUUCCUGAUCGUCAGCCCUGCCUCUGUGCUUUACAACUGGCUAGACGAGCUGGAAACGUGGGGACAUUUUAGAGUCGGUAAGUACCACGGAGAUCCCAGCCUGCGAGACGAGGUCCUGACCAGAGCUGAGCAGGGUCGCCUGGACGUCGUCAUCACCACUUAUGAAACCCUCAGGAGGAACCUGAAUGAGAUGAACUCCGUGCGGUUUGAGUGGUCGGCUGUGAUUGUGGACGAGUGUCACAAGAUUAAGGAGAAGAAGGCAAAGAUCACCGAGGCGAUGGGGCGGCUGAGGGUCCGUCGUCGGGUGGGGCUCACUGGGACGAUACUGCAGAACAACCUGAUGGAGAUGUGGUGUGUGCUCAACUGGGCCAACCCUGGUUGCCUAGGUGAUGACAAGGACUUCAGGGUCAAGUUUGUGAAGCCGAUUGAGGAGGGACAGAAGAUGAACUCCACAAAAAGACAGCUGGCUGAAGCUCGGAGAAAAGCCAAGGUGCUGAGCAACCUGAGGAAGAAAUGGUUCAUCCGAAGAACAAAGAAGAUCAUCGCUGAUCAGCUUCCCACUAAAGACGAGCAGGUAGUGUUCUGUAAGCUGUCCAGUUUCCAGCAGACGUGUUACCAGUCAGUGCUGGAGAGUGAGGAUGUGCAGCUGGUUCUACAUCAGAACGACCCGUGUGACUGUAACAGUGGGCUCAAGCAAAGGGACUGCUGCUACGAGACCAAUGCAGAAGGAGAGUCAGUGAAGGAACUAAUGUUCAGCUACCUGAGUGUGCUGCUGAAGGUGUCCAACCACGUGGCGCUCCUCCUACCGGAGAUGCAGGGCAGUAAGAAGGCCCUGAAGAGAACCCAGAGAGUCUGCGAUGUCGUCUUCAAGAAACAUCCACACUUCGUCAAGCUGGCCCGGGAGGCGGCGUUUAGGACGCUGUCUGACCCAAAGUACUGUGGCAAGAUGCAGGUCCUUCAGCAACUGUUGGAUGUUUUCAACAAACAGAGAAGGAAAGUCCUGGUCUUCUCUUUCUACACAAAGCUGUUGGACAUUAUAGAGCAGUACCUGAUGAGUACAGGUGAGGUGUACUCUCGGCUGGACGGCACCACCAGAACAUCAGACAGGCUCCGCAUCGUCAAGGACUUCAACACCAACCCCAACAUACUGCUCUGUCUGGUCUCCACCACGGCUGGUGGUCUGGGGUUGAACUUCACUGGUGCCAGUGUGGUCAUCCUCUUCGAGCCCACCUGGAACCCAGCCAAUGACCAGCAGGCACAGGACAGGGCGUACCGGAUUGGUCAGCGGCAGGACGUCCGCGUGUACCGACUGGUAACCAUGGGAACCAUCGAGGAGAACAUGUACCUGCGCCAGGUGUACAAGCAGCAGCUGUCAGAGAUUGCAGUUUCUGAUAAAACUGCCAGGAGAUAUUUCACAGGCGUGGCUGGUAGGAAGGAUGAGCAGGGGGAGAUAUUUGGCAUCAGUAACAUGUUCGCUCUGCGUAUGGAGACAUCCUGCCUCACACGCGACCUCAUCAGCAGGGUCGACCAGAUCGAGGGGGGACUCAAGGUCACCAAAUUUGUUAAACCUAAGGAGACGAAGAGAACAGAGGAGGAGAGCAUCUGGGAAGAGGAGGAGGAGGAAGAGAGGAAGGAAAACGAAGAGCAGGAUGAACAAGAAGAUGAGAGGAUGGAGGAAGAUGAAGAGGAGAGGAGGGAAACUGAUGAUGAAGACCAAGCAGACAAGAGCCACAGGAAGAGACAUCGGGCUGAUCGAGACUCAAGCAGGGAGGACGCACAGGACAGGGAUCCCUUCAGUAUGCACACCCUUGCCAGUCAGCUACUGCCUGAGGAUGAUGUUGACAUGGCAACAGUUGACAUGGCAACAGAACAGAAGACCACGCCCCACAGCCUCUCCACAUCCCCAGCAAGCACAGACAACGAUGCGGACACUAGAAAUACAACAUCAGCAUCGAAAAGGAGAAGCAAAGUAGGAGCUAUCCACAGCAGGAGAAAAGAAGCAGAGAAGAAAACUCAAUUUUCAAGAAGAAGAAGUGGUACUUCUAGGAAGUCAUUCGGAGAAGACAUCUCUGAGUUCUCGUCUUCUGAGUCAGAUUCUGGGCCAUCACAAGUGAAGAGAAGAACAGGGAAGUUAGAGGUGAAAGUUGUGAAGGGGAAGAAGCCAACUCCAAGAAGGUCAGUGUCUUCAAGAAGGACGGUACAGAGAAGAAAAGGAAAGAUGACAAGGACAGUAUCAGAUGUCUUUAGGGAAUGUGGUGUAGCGUACACACACAGAAGCGAUAGAGUCGUCGGUGGCAGCAAGGCAGAGGCGCACAUGAGCCACCGCGCCAUGGAGGAUGUCUACGAGCUGCACCAGUUCUCUCAGCAGCCGGCAAACUUCGCUGCAGAGUUCCAGGAUUCGAGUGAAGAGAGUGAUGACCUAGGGCCUUCAGCAUCACCACAUGCCUUGAAGAAGAAACAGAGAAAAGCAGAACUUGAUAAUUCAACAACUAGAACUCGACCGUCUAGACCGCCCCCUGCACAGCAUGUGUGUAAGAUCAACAACAAGACAGUGAUUGUAGGAGGAACCCCUCCAGCGACAAGAAGAGACCACUUUGCUGCUCUGGCUAAGUCCAUGGGAUGUUCACAGGAAGAACUUGCAGACAAAGUGCUGCAAGCUUCCACCAAGAGUCGGUUGGAGAUGCUGCAUACUUUCUACAGAGACAGGGACUCGGCUCUCGGAGAAGUCUUUCAGAGAUUGAGACAUCAAGAAGACAUAGCAGAAGAAAAGAGAUAGCACAGGAUAUAAAUAGAACUGUUCCUUUUAACAUUUACAUUUUAUAUCUAUGAAUGUGGUACUUGAUUCAAGUCUUGAUGUCUUUUGCGGGUCAAAAGAUAGACAUGCUAGACCCAUCUUAG